AUGGAUUCGGAAGAUACAUAUCGUUGCGUGCAAGACCGCUAUGCUGGAGUUGCGAGGCAGACAGACAACGCUCAUCAGCCGGGAGACCAGGAACGAAAAGUCGCAAGCGCGUUUGGGUAUGAUCUAAAGGACCUGCUUUCUAUCCCAGAGAACGCGAAUUUAGGUGUCAGCUGUGGGAAUCCGUUAGCAACGGCGAACCUAGCUGUGGGCGAGGUUGUGAUUGAUUUGGGUAGUGGCGGGGGCAUUGACGUUUUGCUCGCGGCAAAGAAGGUUGGAGCGGAAGGAAAGGCCAUUGGUAUUGAUAUGACCAAGGUACACCGAUCAGUCCCUACCCGCCUGACUUUCCUUCUUGCUCAUAGCCCGCAGGACAUGCUGGAAUUAGCACGUCGGAAUGCCAUAAACGCCGGCGCCUCCAAUGCUUCGUUCAUCGAAGCGUUCAUUACUUCUAUCCCGUUACCAUCGUCCACCGCCGAUUGCAUCAUCAGUAAUUGUGUGGUGAACCUAGUACCAGAAGUCGAAAAGCCUCUCGUGUUCCAGGAAAUGUUCCGUCUACUGAAGCCGGGAGGUAGGGUGGCAAUCAGCGACAUCCUAGCGAAACGAGAGCUCCCGAUAGAGAUCAAGAAGGAUCUCUCGUUAUAUGUUGGCUGCAUCGCUGGUGCUAGCCAGGUUGGUGAUUAUGAAAGAUAUUUGAGAGAAGCAGGGUUCCAAGAUGCAGUGAUUCUGGACAAUAAUGCUGAUCUCAAUAUUUACAAGGAAAUGUGGGAGAAGGAGCAAGCCAACGGGCAGGGCCCUACGGGCUCAUGCUGUGGUCCAGUGGAGCACAGCACAAGCCGGGAGGUAAACAAUCUUCCGGAUGUGGAUUUCAACAUCUGGACUGCUGGUGCGGCGCUGGUAAUUCGAUAG